UAAAUAACCAGCUGUCGACCGCGGAAGAAUGUUUUACCACAGUACACAGCGGCUUUAUCAGCUGAAGAUGGCGGACGGGGAAAAUAUCCUUGUUGGAGCCAGUUCCAGCACUUCAAAUAUUGAAGAACCAGUUUCAAAAAAGCCCAAAAUGGGCAUGGCCAUAGAAUGUGGACUCAAAAUUGUUAAGACUGAGCAAGUUACGUACGGGCCAGAGGCUGGUGAGAGUUGGGCGACGGCGAUUUCUGCGCUGCCAGAGAAGGAGAUUGAGCCGGUGUUGGUAGGACAGGCCUCAGCAGCAGCACCAGGCGGAGACAAUGGGCUGCUGGGCUUCGAGCCUCAGGAAAGGGUAGCGAAUUUAGACAAGGCUUCUGGACCCACUGCGGAGCCUGCAGGUAGGAUAAUUUUGCUAGCUGGUAUGCCAAGUUUUUUGGCGGACUCGACCAUUGUAUGUCUGGUUAACGUUAGGUUGCUCCACCUAGUUAGAUACCAAUUGGGCUAGCUUUGUAACUAAGUUGUUACUAGCGAGUUCAGCAGCACGUCAGCCUGAAGUUUGAAACUAGCUAACUUUGCGUGCAUUACGCAUGAUAUGAGACUUUAUUAUUAUUAUUUUAUUUUUUUGUCAUUUUAGCAGACGCUCUUAUCCAGAGCGACUUACAGUUAGUUAUUAGCCAAUGCUUUUACCCACCCAUAAAAAUGUAACAACCUUUAGCGGGAGAGCUAGCUAACUAUCAACAUUGGCUAUUUGGAUUGUCAUUAAAUUGCAAGUUAGUUUUUUUUGCAAAUUUCAAGGAAUGCAAAAAUACAGUUCAAUAAUUUGUUGUUUUAGGAAUAUAUACUGUUAAUUAAAUGAAUUAACAAAACUAUCACUUCCCACUAUCAUGUCCUCCUUAUUCCUGAUCCUGAGUGUCUUGACCCUGAUGAUGAGGAACUUAACCCAAAUGCCUUUGCCUCCCCAGACGGUGUCAAUGAGGAUGAUGACAGAUCCUCACAUGCAAGUUCCAGUGACUGGACACCUCAACCACAGAUAGGUACAAGAUGACAAAUAAGUCAUAUUUUUAAUACACCUGUUUUAGUACACAAAAUUGCAUGCAAACCAGGUAAUGUUAAAGAUACAAUAACAUGUUUUAAGCUAUUUGAAUGUAUUGAUGUUGGUGUGUUUUUUAAAAUUAGGUUCCUACAGUUUUAUCCAGCAACACAUCAUGAGAGAGACAGAUCCGAGAACAAUACUGAAAGACUUGCUUCCUCCAGAGACUGUGCUUCCGCCCGACUUGGAUGACAUGACACUGUGGCAGAUCAUCAUCAACAUUUCGGAGCCUCCUAAAAGAAAGAAGCGCAAAGAUAUAAACACCCUGGAGGACGUGGUUCGGCUACUCCAUGAAAGCAAAAAGAUCCUUGUGCUAACUGGUGCUGGAGUAUGUAUUGCAGGGAACACAUUAAGUAGGGUGUCCACCCACUCUGCCGAUGAAAUUUCACUUCCUUAUGUUAUAAAAUGCAUUUUACCAAGACAUACGAUUAUUCACAUUCUGAAUUGUUCAGUGGGGUCUUUCUCAAACAUAUCAUUGACAUUAUAUCCAAAGUCAGAUUUCGUAUCCUAAUACAUCUGAUAAUAAGCACCGAGCUCUGUUGACAUAGCAAUGCAGGUUUCUCGUGAGGAUUUUACAUUUUGUGGUCGUCGUCUUCAAAGUUGUUUCCGCGGGUCGCAAAAUUAGCAUGACACGAGCUGAAUUAAAUGUAAAAGGCUUUGAAAAUGAAAAGCUUGGUAUAUGCUCAGUGCUCCGUUGACAUUUCACAGAGAUACGCUUGUUCUUGUGAGAAAUCUUCGAAAAACAGGAAUUUCUAAUUAAUAUGGAAAGCGUAUAGUAAAAUAUGAAAAUACUACAUGUCAUGUCUCAAUCGAUAUCUAUUGUUUUAUGUCCUGCGGAUUCAAGAAGAGUGAUGACGAGUUCAACGGGAAAUUGAGCCUGUCAGGUAGCCAGUAGCCUUAAUUCUUGCACAGAAUCCAGCUUGCUGAUGCAAUGACAUUUUCCAGAAUGUUCCUUUUUUUUUUAUUCUGGUCUCCGUUGAUUUAGUCACCCUAAUUCUGGCCAUCAUACAAGGGUAAAAUCUCCUUUUCAACUGAUUAUGAUAGACAUGAGGAAAAAAUGGCAUAUUUUACCCAUUUGUCAAAAGUUUGGUAAGUUUUUGAUUGGACACCCUACAUUACGUUUUGCAGUGUCUCUUUGUAUAGCUUUCACAGUUGCCGUAUUUGGACUGAUGAUUUGUUAUUUUUCCUCCUCAGGUGUCUGUUUCUUGUGGAAUACCAGACUUUCGAUCCAGAGAUGGCAUUUAUGCAAGGCUUGCAAUAGACUUCCCAGAUCUUCCAGACCCUCAAGCAAUGUUUGAUAUAGAGUAUUUCAGAAGAGACCCAAGGCCCUUUUUCAAGUUUGCUAAGGUUUGUGGAUUGAAAGCAUAUAUAUAUAUAUAUAUAUAUACACACACACAGACACAUUGGCCAGUUUAUUAGGUACACCCAUCUAAUACCGGGUCAGACCCCCCUUUGCCUCCAGAACAGCUUGAAUUUUUCGAGGCAUGGAAACGUUGCUCAAUUGGUAUCAAGGGACCUAACGUGUGCCAGGAAAACAUUCCCCACACCAUUACACCACCAGCCUGUACCGUGGACACCAGGCAGGAUGGGGCCAUGGACUCAUGCUGCUUACACCAAAUCCUGACUGCCAUCAGCAUGACACAACAGAAACUGGAAUUUGUUGGACCAGGUGAUGUUUUUCCACUCCUCAAUUGUCCAGUGUUGGUGAUCGCGUGCCCACUGGAGACGCUUCUUCUUGUUUUUAGCUGAUAGGAGUGAAACCCGGUGCGGUCGUCUGCUACAAUAGCCCAUCCGUGACAAGUACCGACGAGUUGUGCGUUCCGAGAUGCCGUUCUGCACACCACUGUUGUACUGCACCGUUAUUGGCCUAUUUGUGGCCUGCCUGUUAGCUUGCACGGUUCUUGCCAUUCUCCUUCGACCUCUCAUCAACGAGCUGUUUUCACCCACAGGACUGCCACUGACUGGAUGUUUGUUUGUCGCACCAUUCUCGGUAAACCCUAAACCCUAGUCGCCUGUCUGCCUGCUUUAUAUAGCAAGCCACGGCCACGUGACUCACUGUCUGUAGGAGCGAGCCAUUUGUGAGUGGGGUGGUAUACCUAAUAAACUGGACACUGAGUGUGUAUAUGUGUGUUUAUUUAUUUGAUUAAGUGAUUCAUAUCUAUAAAUUACCACAUGUUUUGAUAUGUGAGAUGGUUUUGAUUGCUCUGCUCUCUUGUAGGAGAUCUAUCCUGGACAGUUCCAACCUUCGCCCUGUCACAAAUUCAUAUCUAUGCUGGGCAAGCAGGGGAAGCUACUACGCAACUACACCCAAAACAUUGACACUCUUGAACAAGUGGCUGGAGUUCAGAGGAUCAUCCAGUGUCAUGGUACAUCCAGUAAUAUACACAGUGUACAAAACAUUAGGAACACCUUCGUAAUAUUGAGUUGCACCCCCUUUUUUGCCGUCAGAACAGCCUCAAUUCGUCGGGGCAUGGACUCUACAAGGUGUCGAAAGCAUUCCAAACGGGAUGUUGGCCCAGGUUGAUGACAAUAAUUCCAACAGUUGUUAAGUUGGCUGGAUGUCCUUUGGGUGGUGGACCAUUCUUGAUACACACGGGAAACUGUUGAGCAUGAAAAACCCAGCAGCAUUGCAGUUCUUGACACACUCAAACCGGUGCGCCUGGCACCUACUACCAUACCCCGUUCAAAGGCACUUGUAUAUAUAAUAUUUUGUCUUGCCCAUUAACCCUCUGAGUGGCACACACACAAUCCGUCUCAAUUUUCUCAAGGCUUAAAAGUCCUUCUUUAACCUGUCUCCUCCUCUUCAUCUACACUGAUUUGAAGUGGAUUUAACAUGUGACAUCAAUAAGGGAUCAUAACUUUCACCUGGUCAGUCUGUCAUGGAAAGGUGUUCCUAAUGUUUUGUACAUUCAGUCAAUGUCAACUUUAAUCCAGUUCCAAGUGUUUGUGGUGCCAUGUCUAAUAUUGACCACAAAGUCUUCUGUAUUUCAGGGUCUUUUGCAACAGCUUCCUGUCUCAUCUGUAAACACAAGGUUGACUGUGAAGCCGUAAGGGAAGACAUUUUUAAUCAGGUAUUGGCAAGAAUGGUUCCUAUUAAUAUUCACCUGUGUCAAAUCUGUGAAUUGAUGUAUUCUCCUGGACAGACUUGUGGCAUUUUAAAGUCGUUAUCAGCUUAUCUUGUGCAGUAGCAUCCAGUCUGCUGAAUUGUCAUUGUCUUUUUUCAUAUUGUAUACAAAUAUCUGUUCUAGGUUGUCCCUCACUGUCCACUGUGUCCAGAUAUUCCCCUGGCAAUCAUGAAGCCAGAUAUUGUCUUCUUCGGAGAGAAUCUCCCAGAACUGUUCCACAGAGCAAUGAAGCAGGAUAAGGAUGAAGUGGACCUCCUUAUCGUCAUUGGGUCCUCACUGAAAGUGCGACCCGUUGCUCUCAUCCCAAGUAUGUUGAAAAUACAAUGAGUGGUUGUUUUAGAUACCCAAGAUGAGCAAUGCUAUUACCAAUGUUAUCAUGUUAUUACCAGUUGUUAUUACCAGUAUUAGCCUUGAUCUCGAGCCAUGCAUGUAUAACAAGGUGACCUCUUUUUCCAUCCAGCCUCCAUUCCUCAUGAAGUGCCUCAAGUCCUGAUCAAUCGGGAGCAGCUGCCUCACCUCAACUUUGACGUGGAGCUACUUGGGGACUGUGACGUCAUCGUUAACGAGCUCUGCCAUCGGUUGGGCGGAGACUUUGAGCAACUGUGCUACAACUCCUUAAGACUCAGUGAGAUCACAGAGAAACCCCAGCGGUCACAGACACCUGCAGAACAGCCACCUUGCGAGGCCUUGUCUACUCACAGUAAGCCAACAGAAGAACAGAAGCGCCGUCACACAGACUCAUCGGUCAGUGCCUCAGAGGAGACGGACACUCAGAUGGUCACAGAGACUCCAGAAGGCGACAGAGUACCAACAGAACCUUGUCCGACGCCGCAGAAUGUCACCGACACAGCUGAAGUCUAUGGAGUACCAUCGGAGCCCUGUCCAAAGGCAAAGAUUGUCUCAGACACGCUUGAAGUUGGAGUACCAACAGAACCCUGUCCAAAGACUCAGAAUGUCACAGGCACAAAAGGCACUCUUGAAUUCGAUGCAGUACCAUCAGAGCCUUGUCCAAAAGCGCAGAUUGUCCCAGAGACUCCAGAAGUAGAAGGAGCACAGCCAGAGCCUUGUCCAAAGGCUCAGAGUCCCAAUGAGGAGAGAAUGGAGAAUUCAGAUUCACCAUCAGUGGACACGCAGAGUGAAGAAACCUCUGGGUUAAAUGACCAACAUGUCAACCUUGAAGUUCGCCGAAGAUGCUGGAUGAGUCGAAUCAGUCGAAGUCCUAUCAGCAAGCGCCUUGAGAGUAAAAUUUCAAGUGUUCAUUUACCUCAGAUUUUGUGCAGAAUUGUGAAAUUAUUUAUGCACAACCUUUUGAUGAUAAUACGUAUUUUCCAUGUCAUGUUAUGACAAAACUUGUUUCCAUGUUGUAAAAUGCAUCCUAAAUUCAAUGUCUUUUCUCCCAGCUUCUCAAUACCUAUUCCAAGCACCAAAUCACUACAUCUUCCACGGGGCAGAAGUGUACUCCAACUCGGAGGACGAGACGUCCAGCUCCUGCGGAAGCGACAGCGAGGACUCCAGCCUGGAGGACGAGGACGAGGAAGACAGCGAUGCUGAGGAGGACCAGAGCACACCAGCAGAGGAGGGCGAGGGCUGCCUCAUUGACAUAGUGACACACAAUCAAGCCUGCGAGGGCACUUCGAGUGUGAAGCAGAUGGACAAUACAGAUGAAAAUGUCCAGAACACCACAGACCUUUAAAAGAACAAAGCACUAGUAGUCUUUUAUAUUUGUUUUGUAUAUUUUUGUCCCCCCACAGCACCUCUAUUAUACAUUUUUCAUAAAGUCUAGAUUGGGUUGAUGACACUUUUGCAUGCAUGUGCUGAAAAUUGAUUCUUCGUUCACCCUCUUCUGUCUGACAACAUUAACAAGCUGCAGGUACACGUUUUGUGUACUACCAUUAAAUAAACAGCAGCUCAACUCAACCAAUCCACUACAGAAGGUUAAUGGUGAAGAAAGGAACAGCAAACUUAGACCAAAGAACAAUUUCCCCCCCCUCGCAAACAGUUUUUCCAUUAAAACUUUAAAGUCUUUGACUUACCCACCACUGAAGUGUAAAGAAUAUAUUGAGCAGUGGCAUUGUUUUCCUUACAAUAUUUGGCAGCUACUUUUUACAGUCAAACUUUUAUUAUUUUUGUACUUUGUAACAUGUAAGAGACAUACUCAGCAAAGAGUAGAUGAUGGUUUUCUAAAUCAAAUUGAAAACGUUAUACAGUGUGCAAACAUAAAGCCUUAUAACCAUGUUCAUUGAGCUUUCAUUGGAGCAAAUAGCACUUUCUUCCUUUUCAGCAGUUUGACGCAUUUGUUCAUUUUUCCUCGGUUGUGUGAGCUAUUUGGUGGAUGUGACUGAUUUGCUCCUAUUCACUCUGUCCUGAGAAAUGUCCAGCCCUAACACUGAGACCCUGCAGAGCUAUAAAAGUGUUCUGGGAUAAGUUUAACAUUAGCCAAAUGUAGUGUUUUAAGCACCUCAUUCAAAUCAAAUUCAAAUGUUUUUUGUUUGAGAUUGAUUUUGGUAGUAAAAAAAAGCUCAAAUGUAGGCUUUUUCCAUAUUUUCUUGACGACACCACAGAAAUAGUCCUAUUAAUCACAAGGUGUGACAACACACUGUUGUGUAGAAAAUUGAUAUAAAUAUGAGAGUUGCAUGCUAUUUGACAUUUGAUGGACAAGUUUAGUUUGAGAAGACCACUACAGGUAAGUGCAUGCAGUUCAGAUGCUGCAGCAGCGCCAAUGGAGCUUGUUUUACACAAAUGGAGAGACAACAUUUACAUGAAUGAACUAAGGUGAUUACAAUUACGUUUAAGAGUUCUUAGAAUCAGUAUGCUGGUAUGUGAGAGUCAGCUUUUGUUAUGCUUUGCAGUGUUUCUUUUUUACUACAUCAAAACAUUUAUUUUUCAUGUUUUCUUUAAAAACAUUACAAUUUAUUUGCAAUAUUUAUAUUAGGUCUAAUGACACCAUACACCAACAAAUAGGCCAUAAUAUAGCAGAUAAUCUCAUUUGAGGUUACACUAUGUAAAUAUGACAUUUGCCUGUAUUUAAUUGAUAAUGUAUACUGUAUUUACAGUAUAGCUCUAGGCCUAUGUUUUUAUGCCUGCAAAAGUCACACAGAAAGAG